GUGUCAGUAUUAUGUUGUGAAAUUCUUAUGAAAAUAUCCCAUUGAUUGUGAUAAAAGAAAUCAGUGAAACACAUCAUGGCAAAUUGUGAAAAUUCUUCGAGAGUGAGGUAUAGAGGAAAAUUCCUAACAAAGAAACAGUAUGAGCUGAAAAUGACAGCGAAAGAGUUGGGGAAGGCUAACCAAGGGAGGAGGGUCCGCACUGAGAUGGAGCUCAACAAUGUUCCUCAACCACACAAACUGAUAAAUGUUGAUAAUCGCAUUGUAAACCUCUCUAUGUUGGGUAAGGAGCUCAUAUGUUCCACGUGCGAAGCGAUUUUAUCCCUGAACAACAUUGUCAAUGAAACGAAACGAGGGUUGGGAUCAUAUUUGGAGGUUGCGUGUACACAGUGUCCGUUUGUCAAAACUGUGCCAACGAGUAAACUAGUGAAAGAACCAGACAGCAAAAACAGACAGAGUUUUGAAAUCAAUUACAAAGUCUCUAUUGGUUGUCUUCACGGUGGCAUUGGUAACCAGGUACUGAAUAAAGUAUUGGGAGCUGCAGGUAUACCUACCAUGAAUUACAAUACGAACAAGGAUUACGAGAGAAGAGUUGGGCCUGUUGUGGAAAGAAUUGCUAAGGAGAGCUGUGACAGAGCUGCAAAAAUUGAAAGGGAAUUAACAAUUAAGAAUGUUGAAGAAAUUGAGAAGACUGUGUAAGCCUCUGCUCCAUGUUUUCCUUCAACAAUAUUGUCACUUCUUUUUUUUAUUUUUUUCUAAUAUUUUUGUCACUUCCUUUUGAGUGAAAUUUCUCGAUUUUUCAUUUUCUUUGACUGAUUUUUAUUUUUUCUGGUUCACCAGUGAUAUAUUUCAUGGCUUAUUGGCCCAAUUUCUUUAUUCAGUCAUAUUACUGGAAUCAAUUGAAUAUCUAUAUUCCUACACAUGUCUCCAUUUUUUCGGAGUUGGAUUCCAAACUUUUUUUUCUAUAAUUUAAUCUCUGGUUUUUAAUUUUUUAGUCUCAUUAUAUUG